UUCACUCUCACCUACAUCGAUAUGUCUCCUUCCGAUUCUCAAACUACUGGCUUUGGUACCCGCGCUAUUCACGCUGGCCAGAAUCCCGAUCCCAUUACUGGUGCUGUCAUUCCUCCUGUGUCUUUGUCCACCACCUUUAAGCAAUCCGCAGCGGGUGUCCACACUGGCUACGAGUACUCUCGUUCAGGCAAUCCUACGCGUGAAAACUUUGAAACUGCUGUGGCUGCUCUGGAAGGUGGCAAGUAUGGUGUGGCUUUCGCCUCGGGCUCUUCCGUUACUGCUACUAUCAUCAACACGCUCCACAGCGGUGGUCAUUUGAUUUCUGUCAACGAUGUUUAUGGCGGUACUUACCGUUAUUUCACCAAGGUCGCUGUGCACAACGGUGUGGAUGCUACCUUUGUUAACUUGUCCAAUGCUGCCAACAUCAAGGACAAGUUCAAGCCCAACACCAAGCUUGUCUGGUUGGAGUCGCCUACCAACCCUACUCUCCGUAUCAUCGAUAUCCGUGCUGUGGCCGAGUAUGCUCACCAAAACGGCGCCAUCUUGGUGGUCGACAACACUUUCAUGAGUCCCUAUUUCCAGAAUCCUUUGGCUUUGGGUGCUGAUAUCGUCGUGCACUCCGUCACCAAGUACAUCAACGGUCACUCCGAUGUUGUGAUGGGUGUUGCCGUGACCAACGAUAAGGCUUUGUACGAAAAGUUGACCUUUAUGCAAAACUCCAUGGGUGCCGUUCCCUCGGCUUUCGAUUCCUUCUUGGCUCGUCGUGGUUUGAUGACACUGGAAAUCCGUAUGCAGCGUCACGAACAGAAUGCCAAGGCUAUUGCUGAAUUCUUGCAAAAGAAUGAACACGUUGAAGAAGUGAUCUAUCCUGGUUUGCCUUCCCAUCCUGAGCACGAACUUGCGAAGCGUCAGCAACGUGGUUUUGGCGGUAUGAUUUCUUUCCGCGUCAAGGGUACUUUGGAUAACGUGAACAAAAUGCUCGGAAACUUGCAACACAUUACUUUGGCUGAAUCUCUGGGUGGUGUGGAAUCUUUGGUGGAAGUGCCUGCUGUGAUGACUCACGCCGCCGUCAGUGCCGAGGAUCGUGCUGCUUUGGGUAUCACUGACACCUUGGUUCGUUUCUCCGUUGGUAUUGAGAACGUGGAAGACCUUGUGCAAGACUUGCAGCAAGCAUUAGACAAGGCUUACUAAGAGGCCAUUCAUCCUAAAAACUUUUAACCCGCAUUUCCUCUCUAUCAUCACUAGUUAUUUUUUUCUCCUUUACUUUGUACCUAAGUGUCAUUUCUUUACGCUUUAUUAACAUUUGUUAAUCGCAAACUGUCUAAAAAUCAUAUAAUCCAUUCUUUCCACAAUUAUGCACUGUAUACAC